AUGAAGCUUGCAAAGAUCCUGCUCGCGCGGGUUCUCUUCGCGAACCUGUUGCGACUAGUUGUCGGCACGGACAAUAGCACAAUCCCUAAGCCACCCGCCGGACCGCCAGGCUGUGCUUCUCGAUGUAUGGUCGAUAGCAUGUUCGUGUUUCAGUGCCUCGAUACCAAAUGCCUCUGCAACGAAAAAGACUACCAGAAGUCCCUCUUUCAGUGCCUGUAUUCGCAAUGCGACUCGAAUAACUAUGGUCCGGCUCUCAGUCAUGCUAUUUCGCUUUGUAUGAACCUCGGCGCCGAGAUUUACAUGGUGGCCCCUGGCACGGUCAACAGUGAGCUGCUGCGAUCUCGGGAAGAAGACUACCUCGCCGGUCGCGAAGUCUCAAAUCUUCCGGGUAUGCAAUUGCGACAAGCAAGUCUCAUCGGCUCCGGGGAGUCCGGGGAGGCCACAACCAUCACGACUAUGGUCACAGCUAUCGUAACGGUGCCCUAUUCUCCUAUCACCGCCUCUCCAACACCUACCGCAUUCCUCGAGACGACUUCAGCUGAAUUUACCACCACCUCAGUCAGUCGGCCGUGGGUGAUCCCCGUAUCGCGAGGCCUUCGGGCGGAGCCAUCGUAUUUCGGAUUAGUAGUAUGGGUAUGUGUGGUUCUCUUAACGGAUUAUUGGGUGAACGGUUAUUGGGGUUAG